ACAAUGUAGUUACCCCUAAACCCAAGGCUGGGUCAAAUCGAACAUGACAACCCCUCUUUUACGUGUCUUGGUGGGGAGGUGGGGGCUGUCACAUGGGCGGAGUGAAGGGGGUCUUACCAUAAGGAGUACUUUAUAAACCCCAGAAGAUACAGCCUUCUCUAUGAGACAAGACCACUACUGGAGUGUCAGCUAGUAGACCCACAGGUGCCUCUACUACUCAGAUGCGACGGAAAGUUACUAACGCAGAUUUUUUUUCAAUUCGAUUUUAGAUUUUUAUUUCAACAAAACAAUCGGAAUUGUUGUUUCAAUCUAUUUAACAUUUAGUGUUUCAUUCUAUUAAAACAUUUUGCUAUUCAUUCUGAAGACUUAAAACUUUGUUUUAAAAAUACAUGUCUCGGGAGUUUAGGCUACAUUUGUUUAUGUGUCAUUUGAAUUUAGUUUGAGAUUAUUCUUUUUUUCAUCAAAUGUGGCUACUCGGUUCAACUCCUGAAGUCAUGGAAGAGCGCCUGUCACCUUCUGCGUGUUUCGUCCGGAACCCCGGCAAUAACCAGAACGCCGCAGCAGCGAGGGUUCACAGUAUUGAAGCAAUAUUGGGAUUUAAAGACGAAAACAUAUAUAAUCAAUCUGUCUCAUACAACGGAUCAUCAGGGAAACUCGCCGAGCGGAGAGGGAACGGAAUUAUGUCAUCCCUGAAGAAAGAACACAACACGGAAAGUUUUGACAGUGUCUGCUGCAGCAGUUCGGGGGCCUCUGUAAGUCCUGAUUUACCUGACGGGGAGGAUAAACUGUCCGAUGAUGAGAACCCAAAGAAAAAGCACCGGCGCAACAGGACUACGUUCACAACCUUUCAGCUGCAUGAGCUGGAGAGAGCGUUCGAGAAGUCGCACUAUCCUGACGUCUACAGCAGAGAGGAACUCGCCAUGAAAGUGAAUCUUCCGGAGGUUCGAGUGCAGGUGUGGUUCCAGAACCGUCGGGCCAAGUGGCGUCGCCAGGAGAAGCUGGAGGUGAGUUCCAUUAAGCUCCAGGACACCUCCUCUCUCCUGUCCUUCAGCCGCUCCCCUUCCCAGUCCUUGGGCUCCGGACUGCAGCUGGAGCCAUGGCUCAGCACUGCCAUCACCUCCACCCCACUGCAGUCCCUACCCGGCUUCAUUACCAGCUCCUCUCAGGGCCUCCCAGGAGCCUCCAGCUACUCCCCUCCAGCCUUCCUCAACUCCCCCAGUUUCGGACACCAUAACCUGCCUCACAUUGGUUCUACGCGCCCUCUUCCUCCGCCCCCAUACCAGUGCGCCGUGGCUGGGUACAUGGACAAGUUAGUCAUGGAAGAGACGGAUCCUCGUAAUUCUAGUAUUGCGUCUCUGAGGAUGAAGGCUAAGGAGCAUAUUCAGUCUAUUGGGAAGACAUGGUGAGGAUGGAUGGAUGCUGUCUGCAUCCCUCUGACUGGGGCCAACACUUUAAAGACUACUACUGCAUGCAGUGCUGCUGCUCUAGUCUGUGGACAUGGAAGUCCACUGUGCCAGAGGACUAGAGGACUCCACGGGAUGAUGCAAACUGUUGUUUCUUCUUCAGUGGUUUACAUCAUCGUCCCAGUCAGUGUUUUUUUGUGAAUUCUCAGUAUUGGAGGAGGAACAACCAUGUCUAAUUUCAGAUAUUCACGUUUUAACAUGAACUUUAACUGUCAGUGUUGUGCUUGGAUUCACCAGAUCCAUCCGGUCUACUUUUAAUGAAAAAUGAAGGAUGCCAUUGAGGAGAAAGUGGAAGUGUGAAAUGUUUGUCUAUGUUGUCCGCAACCUGGUUUCUAUGUCAUAAUUUCCAUCCCUAUUUGAACAAUUCUCUUCUGUUAUUCUGCUAAGACAAUCGCAUCCCAGGGUCAAUGUAUGUAUUGUUGAUUACCAACCCUUGUUUAGAUACCUUUCUUUCAGUAUUUUUCCAUUUUGUGCCGCUGACUUUACAAAUGCACAAAUGUAGAUGAAGAAAUGUCCAUUUGCUGUAAUUAGUUUCUCUCUGUACGUGAAUGAUAUUAUGGAAAUAAACCUGUAUAUUUACAUCAA